CUUUUACGGGUCCAUGGCGAGAAGAGAAGAGAAGAAGAGAAGAUGGAAUCGGCACUGCCACCGCCGCCGCCGCCGCCACCACCACCACCACCAUCACCACCGCCGCCGCUGCCGCUACCGCAGCUGCUUUUUUCCAUUGACUCGGUCAGUCAGUCAGUCAGUCGGCGACUGCGAUGCGAUUCGACACGUUUGAUUUUGGAAUGUCACAAAAUGUCCACUCGUAUCAGCUCAUAUAAGUCGUAUCAUCGAUAAUACUGUAAUAUCGACUGGACAAGGAACGUGAAAGAUCAGUUUUUUAAUCAAAAUUUUCAUUAGAAGAUACGAGAUUGGUCUCGAAAGAAAACAAAAAAAGAAACGAAAGAAAGAAAGAAAGUAAAGAAAGUAAAAAAGUAAAGAAAAGAAAGAAAGAAAGAAUUUUAUUCAGAAGAUUAAAGCGUAUUUCACGAAAGAUCACUAUCAUCUAACAAGAUUAUCUUAUUGAAGUGGCGGCCGGUCCCACGCCCGUGAAAAGCCCAUUUCACGCGGCGAAUCAAGGCGCGCGCGCGCGCGCUCUCUAAAGUGCGCGACGCGACGCGACGCGACGGUGGCAACGACGAUCGUCAUCAUCAUCAUCAUCAUCAUCAUCAUUAUCAUCAUUAUCAUCAUCAUCAUCAUUAUCAUCAUCGUUAUCAAUACAACGACGGCGACAAAGACAACGACAACUACGACUACGAUAAUUACAACGACGACAACGACGACGAGAAAGAUAAGAAAGGAAGAAAAAAAGGAGUCGGUGGUGAGAGAAAGAAAGAAGAGAAAAGGAGAAAGCACGCUCGCGUGCGUACGUCAUCGUACGUGCGUGCGUGCGCCCGCGGGCUGAGAGAUUGGUAAAAGGUGGUGGGGAGAAGAAGGACUUAAAGCGGGGGUGGAGAGAUUUUAGGAAAGGCGCGUAACACCUGACGGAAAAAGCGCUUAGAGCAUUUCAUAAAUGAUUAUGCGGUGGGCGACAGCCGCCCUUACCUUGGCGGUGAUCGCUUUAUUUAUUCUCGACAUUACUACGGCCAGGCAUCAUCACCAUCAUCGUUCUGGUAAUGGUCACAAACCAUCCAGUGAUAUAUCUCUUUGGAUCGACCAACAGCAAAUUAAAAUGUUCAGUGGUGUUGAAAUGGAAAUCUAUGUCAUUUCGGAGGGCAUCGUUUUAUCAUAUCUUUUGGAUCCAGAAUUUGAAAAUAAGCUACCGAUUAUUCCUAGCGAAGUAUCGUACGUAAAUUUUACAUGGAAAUCUGGUGUAAAAAAAUAUUAUUAUAACUUCUAUCGACUGAUAUCUUUCGAUGAAUCAAUUCUCAAAACUCCGUCGAUCACGAUUAAAACCCAAGGAAGAGUACCGAAAAGAGCAAAGGGUAAAGAUCAGAAUUCAUGUUCAUUCUACAAUGUUCAUUAUAAUUUUUGUUUUUUUUUUUUUUUUUUUUUUAAUAAUUAUAUUUUUUUUCUGUGUAUUACAGAAUUUAGUGUUUUAUUACCUUGUACUGGAAAUAAUUCAGGGAUAGCACAAUUUGGAAUUGGUUUAAUGAUCGAAACGCGGAAAGGUAAACCUUUGAAUGGAACACCGCUUCAUCUUAGCUUAAGAAAAGAAUGCAACUUGCGCGAACCAAAUCCAGGGCCUUGCCCUGACGGUUAUUUGGGUCCGCCGCAUUGUAAAAAAGCACUCUGUUAUCCAAAUUGUAUGAAUGGUGGCAACUGUACGGCACCCGGCGUAUGUUCGUGCCCUGCUGGAUUUCAAGGACCUUACUGCGAAGGGGGUAUUUGUUCAGAAAAAUGUUUAAAUGGUGGAAAAUGUGUACAAAAAGAUACUUGCGAAUGUCCCAAAGGUUACUUUGGUUUACAUUGCGAGUUUUCAAAAUGUGUUAUCCCUUGUCUGAAUGGAGGUAAAUGUAAAGGAAAUAACGUAUGUCGAUGUCCUGCUGGCUUUAAAGGCGAUCAUUGUGAAAUAGGUAGACGUUCGCCGCAACGAUCAGCUUGCACAAGAGCUUGCAGAAAUGGAACUUGUCAACCUGAUAAUACGUGCCUUUGUGAUCCCGGAUGGUUUGGAAAAUUGUGUAACAAAAAUAAGCCUUGGGCUUAAAAAUGAAACAUACUUUUCAACAGUGGUAUUAUCUUUAUAACUAGUUGGAUUAACAAAACUAUUGAUAUUUAUUCCAUAACA